AUGGCAGAUAUUCGGGCAUUACUCCGAAACGAGUUGGCAUCUCGUCGAGCCACUGAUUCAAAUAACUCUUCUAAAGCCAGACCGGUUAAAAAAAGAAAACUUGAACCAGAAUUUCGGGGUGACGGGCAUAAAAAGCCAAAAACCACCCAGGAGCAAAUUACGCAGGAAAAAGUGUGCCAGCAGGUUCAAUCUGUUGAAGAUGAAGAACAUGAUGAUCCAUCAAUAAUAGACGAAGCCGCGCAGCUUGAGCAAGAGCAAACAUCCGAGCUUUCACCACAACCUACAACGGCCCUUCCUUCAGAACCAGCCGAAUCGCAACCACGAUCACAACCACGAACCAUCGACGAAGAUGAGUGGGCCGCGUUUGAACGAGAGGUUGCCGCACCCACAAAAAUAAUACCUGCUGCUCCCAGUCAUGCCACGAUAUCCGCCGGGCCCCUUUCUGCGGCUGAGCUGGCACAGCGCGAGAAGCUGGAUAAGCAGGUGCAGAUGCGAGUGCAUGAGCAGGAAGCAUCGCUUGAGAAGGAAGAUGCGGCGAGGUUGUUGGAGGAGGAAUUUGAGGAAAUGGAUGAACUUGAGGAGAGGGAGGGGAGUUACAAGGGAGGGAGCUGGGGUUGGGGUUGGGGUUCUCGAGGGUGA